AUGACAGGUGUACCCCAAGAUCAAGAUUUCACCACACCCAUAAUCAGUGGAGGUCCGAGUGUACCAAGCCAUUCAAUGUCAAUGUCGAAUUCAUCAUCUGGAUCUGGAUCUGGAUCUUCAACUCCCAAUAAUAACACCAACACUUCGACUCUCUUUUCAUCAUCAUCGUCUUCAUCCGCAGCAGCACUCCGAUCCCCUUCACCCCGAAAACCAGUUAAUUUCUUAUCAGGUUUAGGUGUUCCAUCAUCACAAAUAAUCAAUUCUAGUACUACUAAUAGCAACGCAAUUUCAAUCAGUCCAGCACCUACACCGACACCUUCAUUGACACUUUCAAUAUAUCCACAUUUAGCACACUACAUCUUCAAUUUACUCUCAAAUGUCAAUACAAGUCCUACAAAACAUACUUCUUCUACAAAUGUACAAAGUCAACAUCCAUUGAGUGUUUCAUCAUCAAGUGAAUCAGAUGAUGAAUCACCUUCGCCACCAAUAUCAUCCUCAUCUUCAUCAGCCCUAGCAUCAAACAACGAUGAUGAUGAUGAUGAAGAUCAUUUGUCAUUACAAACACCUAAAAAACAGAGAAAAUCAGAUACCCUAACGAUCUCAGGUGUAGAAAGAGAUAAUCUCAUCAAGAAAAUAGUAGAUCUAUUAGAUAACGAAGAAGAAGAAAAGGUUAAAGAUGUAUUGAAGCCUCAUAUGGGUGAUCUAGCAAAAGAUGAGAUAUUGAUGGAUCAAGUGUGUUUGGAUUGUAUGCAUCGAAGAAGAGACGACGUCGAGCAAGUCCCUUACGCUCCUCAUCUGACUCCAACACGUGCAAGAGGAUCACCUAAUCCAGCUGCUGCACAUCCUCUUCGUCCUUACACACCCACUCGAGUUCCUUCGUUCCGCAAUCGGACCCCGUUAGGAAGACCUCAUUCUCCCUCACCUGCAUUGUCCCACCCUACUCCUUCGGCUCCGAAUUCUGCUGCGUCUGUCAAUCCUGCCAAACCAAGCUCUUCCUCUGGUAAGAGCUCCUCCGGGUCACCUGUCGUAUCUCCGCGAAUGCUUAAUGCCAAAGCAGCAACAUUCAGUCCAACCUCUCGUGUAGCAUCCACGAGUUCAAGCUCAGUCAAUCCUGGUACUAUAGGAACCGGGAACACGACUCCUUUCCUGCCCUCAGACCCAUGGAAAGAUCUUUCGUCCGAUAAUCCACCUCGAUCGGCCUCUCCAUUUGGUGCGAUCGGUCCCACAAGCAUGUCAAGAACAGGGUCAAAUUUAGCUAUCGCCGCACCGUUAUUCAGCGACCAAUCAUCUCCUUUCCAUUCGCCAAUGGGUACACCUAAUCGUACAACUAUCAAAAUGCCAGAUGUAUUCAAUUCACCUAAACCAUCAUUUAGCAGAACGUCAUCUUACAAAGGUGUCAUACCUGAUGAUGAUGACGAUGAUGAAUUCUCGCCAUUCGGUAAAGGUUUGCCAAGAUUGCAUCAUCAUGAUUCAUCUGCUCUAAGUACCGAGGCCAAACCUUUCUCGCCAUUCAAUCCUUCCAACGAUGCUUACUCGAAUUUCUCAGAAUCAUCUUACGGGUCGGGAUCAAGAUUAUCAGGUGAUUUUCCCCCGGAAACAGAAGAAGAAGGAGCUGGAAUGACACCGUUAGAUGUAUUGUGUUCGGUCUUCACUUCUGUUCCAAGAUCAGAAUUAGAAGAUGCCUUACAUCGAUCUGGGUAUGAUUUCGAAUCUGCCAUGGGAUAUCUAGUAUCACAACAUACCCAUCCCAGAUCAGGAGCGUCAACACCCCAAAGAGUAUCUUCACCCAGACCUUUAUUAGGCGUAGGAAAUAGAGGUGCCAUAAUAGCAGGACAUCAUGCUCCAAGAGAAGGUUAUUUCCAACAAGGUGGUAGAUCUUUUAGAGGUGAUUUGUCUCCAGGUUUCCCAAUUCAGGUUCAACAGGGAACGAGAAGUCCAGGAGGUGCAAAUGGGGGGAAAAUGUGCAGGUAUUUCUUGGCUGGUGAAUGUAGAAGAUCAGAUUGUAGAUUCAGCCACGACAUUGAUAGGGCAUUAUGUAGAUUCUGGUUAAGAGGUCAUUGUGCAAAAGGUCCUAACUGCGAGUUCUUGCAUCAACUGCCGAAUAAUCUCGAUCCCAACGCAUUAUCCUCCGCGAUGUCGCAUGUCGAAUUAUCGUCAGAUGGCUAUGCCCGACCUUCCUCUCCUUCAUUGUAUACGCCCACCGAAGAAUUCCCUGAUUUACUCUCCGUCCGAAUUGGCCGUGGGGGCGGCGUUAGGUUCGACCCAUCACGGAACCGGUUUGCAAAUGCAGUCAAGCGCGCUACCCCGGGUCCAGCGCCUUCUUUGCAAAUCUCCGGAUUACGACAGUCACCUUUACCUCAGCAAGCGGUAUUAUCGCCUAGUCUCGCCGCCGGAGUAUUGGCUUUACCUAGACCUUCGCAAAGGAUCAAACUUCGACCACCUAGUCUAUUACCCACUUUGAAGACAGGAUCGAUGACGAACGAGCAAUAUAUGUCAACUCGUGCCACAUCCAUCCGAUUAGGACAUGCCAGGAAUGCUUGUUUGGCAAGAGCGGCAGAUGCGUUCCGUCGAGGGGAUGGCGCUGCAGCUAAAAGAUUCUCAAGAGAAGGAAAAGCAUUAAAUCAAAGAAUGCUAAACGAGUCAUAUGAUGCAGCACAACAAUUGAUCAGGGAACGACGAAUGGAAGCUCAAUUGGCUAUUAAAGAAAGAGAUUCAACUUGGUCUAACGAUCCUCUAGAUCGAGCGGAAAGAGGUAAAGAAUGCGCGGGUGGUCUAGGUGUAAUCAUGGGUGUAGCACCUAAGAACGUUCCAGGUGCAGAGAAACUGAGCAGCUCGGAAAGGAUAGAAGCUUUACUAGAUUUACAUACAUUGCAUGGUAACGAAGGGCAAGAAAUCGCAGGGCAGUUUCUGGCCGAGCUUGAAAGGGAGAGUUUCAGGGGUCUUGCAUACAUCGUAAUAGGAGAAGAGAAACAUGUGGCUUCUCAAGAUCCGCUCAGGGGGGCUUCAAAAGUCCGUCUUGGAACGUCAAUCAAGCAAGUCUUGGCCGAAUGGGGAUACGCUUGGAAUGAAGUCGCUGGGGUCAUCUGUGUGGAUCCGUGUAGAGUUUAA